GUCGCGUACAAAAUGGCAAGAGCUACACGGUCAUCUGUCUCUUCCUCGACAGCCACCAAGAAGCGCAAACGCACUGAGGACGACGACUCAACAGAUGUCCCUCCCACAAAACAAACAAAGUCUCAAGAUGAUGUCGUGGAUCAGUCUAUUCACAUCCAGAAAGAAGAAGCAGACAAAAUACUAGCCGUGCUAGAAAUGAUCGAUGUUCAAGGCCUUUUGGAUCGUGUCUUUCCAUUGCCAUCCGAUGAAUCCAAGUCAUUUUCUUUUCGGGCUCUUCUGAAAGACUGCGCGGAACAUCCCCUGUCCGUAUUACAAUCAGCAGUGCAAAAGCUUUUCCCGAUAUCGUCACAUCCUAGAGCUCUACCAUCCAAGCCAGCGGCUCAGCAGCUCAGAUUUUGUCAGCUAGCUCUUUCUCUUCUCAAUCAAGCUUCUCACACACGGCUCCCUUCCAACGAAGCCGGCUCCGACAAUUCUGCAGAACAACAGUCGGAUGAAACAUCAUCGCAGGAUGAGUCACCUUCAAAUCGUUACCUCUCGCCUCGAUAUGCCCUCGUUCAGCAUCUCCCGCAAGGAGAUUACUGGACUUCCGUUAACUCGUCCAUACCUUCCGACAUCAGUCGCGAGCUGCGAGAUCUUCCUCAUGGGCAUGCAGACCUCGUUGCGAUUCUACCCUUUGCUCGCUCUUCCAAACCUUUCUCGUCGGUACCAAACCUCGGCUCUUAUCAUACGAAAGUAUUGCCCUCACAUAUUAAUAAGAUGCCCGUCGAACGCCGUAUCUCUCGGGGCUCAUUCUUAGACUACGGUCCCUACUCGAGUUUCGCUCCAACUUUUGAUCAGGAUGGUACCGAAAUUGGUAGACAGGAGUUAGGGGAACACUAUUUGGCACAGAAUGCGAAGCGCAAGGAGAAGUCCAGAAAGUUGAAGCUGUGGGCAGAACACCGACACAGAGCGAGGGCAAUGGAUAGCAUUGUUAUGAGAAGUGACGAACAUGAUGAUACAGUUGAGGUUGAAGAGAUCAAGUCGGGUAAUUUUGAACAAGAGUUGCAAGAACUCUUACCUAGUCAUGAGGUUGACUCAAUCAAGGCAGGCUUACGAAGUCUAGAGCUCGAAUCGGCCGUCCAAGAGCUCCUCGACAGGAAUCGGAAGGCUUUGGAAAGGCUACAGGACCUUCAAUACAGGAGAUUGGUAGCAGAAGGUGGGGGAUCUACCGGGGUUGAGGAAGGAUCGGAAGAAUGGGAUACUGCCCAUGGUAUCUUAGAUUCUUUGACCAUAUUAGCAUCAUUAAGACCGAGGUCAUCAAUGGGAGAGCAUCCGCCAUUUGUAUUGACACCCUCUGCUCUUCACGCCCUUCACCGAACCCUUCCCCUUGCUCCUACAUCUGGUUGGCACGGAAACCUUCCUCCAGGACGAAGUACUGCAUUACGGGAUGACUCCACCGUUAAGAUACGUCCCGGGGUACCUGUACCGGCUGCUACUGUCGCGGCUCCCAUCCCCACUCCCGCCGCUAAUGCCGCAGCAACUACCCAGAGCUAUCCCUCAUUCCCAUACACCCAAGCACAAAGCCAAUAUGGCAAAGUCAACGCGGGUGGCACGGGGGCGACGACAUAUGUUUUACCUUACAAGCAUGGUGCCAGCGCUUACUAUUCAGCGCAACAGCAAGGGAGUUACUAUGCGACUACUCAGACCUAUGCAGCAACCGGACAUCAACCGUACACUUAUUCAGGCGGCUGGUACAACAACUAUACUCCCCCCGCCAACGUAACUACGACCAAUACGGCAGGUAGCUCAUCUGGCACUGCUACUCCUACCGCCUCUGCACCGUCAUAUACGUCCUUCUUCGGUUCUAGUCAACAGUCGACGACGUCUGGUUCGACAUCGACACCUGCACAGAAGCGCCCCUCAUUAGCCGUCGCAAAUACGGUUUCGCAAAACGGAUUGACUGCUGCAAAUAAUGCCGCUACUCCUGUGGCAGCAGGCGGGGUCGCAUUGCCGCUUCCUCUGCGUUCCAACGGUCAACAGAGCUCGUUUAAUGGACAUUCCCCCUCUACAUCUACACCCGCAAAAUGAGGAUUGACUUGCGAGUGGCUGGGGUCUUCCGUCCUGUUCUUUUUUCUUUUGUUUAUGAUCCACACCACACCACCUGCGAACUUCUUUCCACUUCGGCGAACAGGACUGUAGGUUUGGUAUUGUCAAUACGUUAAAGCACUAAAUACAUAAAUACUCGAUACCAGCUUACCAGCUGUACUGCAAUAGUUUAGUACUAGUAGGUACCGUACGCGUACGCAUCGAAAGCUUUUAGCGAUGACGUGUCAGGU